CCACUCAAAAGACGACUUCACUAUAUCAAGACUCAUGAGUCUACGCUCUUUUCAACUUUCACUUAGCAUUUCCAUAUAUCGCUAUAUAAUAAGCUCCUCACGUUUAAGGGUUUCACCAGUUUAAAGGUUUUCACCAUAUAUAGUUCAAAGAGAAAGAGAAUUAAAGAAAAAGAGAGAAUGGGUAAGAACAAAACCAGAAUCCUCAUGCAAUUUGCAGCUCUUGCUAUGGUUUUAACCGCUUUGAUGAUGGUGGAAGAAGCGACGAGCAUUCACGUGUGUAACGUCGACACAAGUGACUUGGAGAAGUGUCGUUCAGCUGUUACUGGAAACAACCCGCCACCUCCAGGACCCGGCUGCUGCAAGGUGGUCAAAGCCUCUAAUCUACAAUGCUUUUGCUCGUACAAGAACUCUCUCUCCAGAUUCGGUAUCAACCCAUCCAAAGUCAAGUCUGGUCUGGCCAGAUGUGGCGCUAAGAUUCCCUCCUGUUUCCGAGAUUGAAGUAUCGAGUUGGAGACCGGUUGAUCUGCCGCAGACUUUGCUCGACCUGAAGUAUCUAAGUUAUAUGUUAUUAUGUACUAUGUGUUUUUGUGUGUUCUGAUUCGAAUAAAUGAUCUCAGCUUUGCAAAUUAUUUUCAGUAUAGCUUGUCUAUACAUAUAUAUAUAUAGAAGAAACAUGUUCUAUAUACAUUAUGAUGAAAAGAAUAAAGCACUGGUUUUUCGCUAAACCCAA